GUGAACUCCAAAACCUGCCCUGAUUAGCACCUGUACCAACACCGCUGUCACGAGCGACGUGGUCACGAGAGACAAGUUUAACAUGUUGAUUCCAGGUCUAUACUAGAAUCACAAGAUAUUGAAGAAAAGAGAAAAACGUGCAAAGGUGUGGGCAGGGUCUGGGGUUUUAACCCAGAGCCUUGUGCGGCCAGUGCGGUGGAUCCUCCACGUGCACGCAGCAGUUCCAGUGCUGGCCAUCCCAGACCCUGUCCGCCAGUGCCGUAACAACCGCAAGGAUGGAAUUUAUGUUAAGUGGGUAUGACAGCGCCUCUGUUGGCGCCGCUGACGACGACAAUGACAACUUGUUGGAAGUCCGUGCCCUGGGCCGCCCAUUCACCGGCUUUGCCCAUUCACUGGGCCGUUCCAUUACCGGCACUCCCUUCCAGACUCUGGAUCCGGCAGAGGAUGAGAUUAUCGGAGACACCAGCAUCAACAGACCUCGUAGCCUCUUCAGUGGGCGCGAGAGACCGGUCAUCAUUGACCCAGACCUGCCGCGGCGGUGGCUACGUAGCUGUUUGGAAGACCACAAGGAUAUUUGUCCUCUGAAUAGGAGGCAAAACAGAACGGCUUCUACCUUUCGCCUUAUCGAUACGAGCACCAAAGCAGUUGUUGAGUUCAGAGGCCAUCGUCUUGGGGAUAUCCAGUACGUAGCUCUAAGCUGUAUAUGGGGUAACGGGCACAAAAUUACCCCGAGGCAUGACACUGUCACGCAGCUACAGUUGACUGGUUCAUUACCAGUAGCUGGACCGCAGACAGUCUUGGAUGCGAUCAAAUUUACCUCUGACAUGGGCAUCCGCUACCUCUGGGUGGACGCUUUCUGCAUCAUCCAGGACGACGAAAAUGACAAAGCCGCCCAGCUCCAGCUUAUGGCUGAGAUCUAUCAGUAUGCCCUCUUCACAAUCGUGGCUGCUGCUGGCAACAACGCACAAGCAGGACUUCCAGGCAUCAGCAUACCCAGGGAAGCCGUUCAACAAAAAGUGUUGGUGAAGAAAGCAGAGAGUCCAGAACUGGCGCCCAUAUGGCUCAUUUCGACACUAGCACCGCGGGACAAGAUGAGAGAGUAUGCUUGGUCUACCCGUGGAUGGACACUGCAAGAAAAAGUCUUGUCCCGACGCGUCCUCACCUUCACCGACAAGCGAUUGCUAUGGAGAUGUCGACAGUGCAAAAAGUGGGAGGAGAUUGACACAGAAACUGCCAGCGACUUAUCUUGCUCUCUCCGAUACGAGGGAACUGGAGGUCGCAGCCUCGACCUCGACCCCUUUAUGGAACCCAACCCAUCACGCAUCGGUCAAGCAGAGAUCACAGCAUCCCCAUGGCAAAACUUAUCCUCCUUGAUAUCCGAAUUUGCACGUCGGGAUCUUAUCGUACAAGGAGAUGCCCACGACGCCGCCUCCGCCAUCCUCAGAGAGUACACCAUCCAAACGGGCGUACAGUUCCUAUGGGGUCUACCUGCUGAUGCUCGCUUUGAGCUUGCUUUGUGUUGGCAUUACACCACCAAGCCCUCCGAAUUAGAUCCGCAUGCAGGGAAACCGCUUAGACGGCGCCAGGAGUAUACGACCUUGCCCACUACCUCUUUGCAGCAGAGGCGUUCCCGAGCUGGUCGUGGCUGGGGUGGAGAGGGCCGAUUGAUUUGCCGGAUUUGGAUUAUUCCCAAGUGUUGGUUUCACCAAGCUGACAGUCAAAACACAAGGCCCGAAGAUAUCGAGACGCCCAUCGUCGCCUAUGUACUCAAAAACACGCCUCUCGAGCUCGUCAGGACGUCAACUCUCACACCAGAGGCAGAUACACAUGCACCAACCAGCCACAAACAAAACGACGAUCCAGACGCAUCGCUAGUAACCCUCGACAUGAUCGUCACAGAAUUACCAGACCUUACCUUCGACCGCCUCUCCCUCAUCCCCGACGAUCAAAUCCUCUUCUUCUGGGCCGAAACCGCCCACUUCUUUCUCUCACCUCUAUCAAAGUCGAACCAUUCCUCAGAUCGCGGUAGACCAAUCUACGACGAGAAGGGCGAAUACUGUGGGGAUGUGGGACCGUUACCAGGGGCAGUUGGGGCAGUUGACGAUGAUGCAGAUGAGGAGGACGACUUUGGUCGGGACAGCUCAUCAGCAAGGGAUGCCAAGGGCACCAGCACGAGCACCAGCAACAACAAUCAGCGAGCCGAGUUCAUCGCCCUCCGUCGUUUCACCUACAUUUGUCUUGUUCUCCAGGUCGAGAGGCGGGAAGGAAUCGUGUACAGGCGACCGAACUCGGUGAUUUGCUCUCCUCUCCUGUUCAUGCUGCAUACCCGACUGUUUCAUCUGGGCGUAUGGAUUGAGAGCAUGAACAAGCGACACAGCAAAUUGUUGGAUGCAGCCCCUGGUGGUAUGCAAUGUGAAUAA